AUGCUGUUCACAGGCACCGUGCGCGUUCGCGUACUCGAGGCUCGUCACCUUCGCCCGACAGAGUGGUCGCGACGGUUCAGUCAGAAUGAGGCGGCUACGGCUGCAAUCGACUCGUAUGUGAACGUUGACUGGGAUGAAUAUCCGAUUGGAAAGACGCAAGUUCGGCCGAAGACUAACGAACCUCGUUGGAACGAAGAGUUCACAGCGUCGGGUGUACAUCAAGGAAAAGCAAUCGGAUUCUCGGUUUUUCAUAGUUGUGUUAUGCCACCUGAUGAUUUCGUUGCCAACACCCGAAUAGCAUUUGAUGAGUUGAAGAUUGGAAGUGCCAACGACAUUUGGAUAGAUCUGGAACCACAUGGACAAUUACACGUGGUUGUAGAAAUGCACGGAACAAAUGUUGAAGCUUCACCCACUAAAUUCGCAGCAAUCACAUUCUUUAACUUUAACUGA